AUGUCCCACACAGUCGUCAUCCAGAUUCAACCACCAACACCAGCUGGGACUGGGACAAAUGCUCCUGUGCCUGUUUAUGUCCAACAGGUAGCAGGAGUUUCUCCUCUUCAUGGACUACAGGCAUGUCUGAAAGGCCAACCAAAAGCCCUUGGGACAGUCCAGGUAAUGAUUGGUCUGUUGACUUUCCUGCUUGGGAUCGUGUCUGCACUUCAUGCGGAAUCCAUAUCUGUCUUUAGUGGUAUUCCUUACUGGGGGUCGCUCAUUUACAUUAUUGCAGACUCACUCUGCAUUGCUGCCGAAAACAAACUUAAUUCACCCUCUGGUUUGUGUUUGAAACAGUUUUUUCCCCACAUGAGCCAUUGGUGCUUUGAACCUGAUGAUUGA